GUUGCCGGAGCCUCAGAGUGAGGAGAGCGCGGAGGGAGGAAGAAGGACGGAAGAGCGGGAAGGAAGGAGGGCGCCCGGAAAGCCGGUCUUUCUGUCUCCCGUUCCCCAAACUUCUCUUCUCUUCCUCUGGCUAUCUUCGCUACUCUUUCCUCCGCCAAAACAACCUGGAAAAGAGAAAAGAGCGGCAGGAGAGUGACAGCAAAAUGAUGCUCCAACACCCCGGUCAGCUGUCUGCUUCAGAAGUCAGUGCCUCUGCAAUAGUUCCAUGCUUAUCUUCUGCAGUCUCACUGGGUUUUGAAGACUUCACAAAUCUAACUCCGCUGGUGAAAGAAGAAUUGAGGUUUGCCAUCCAGAAUAAGUGCCUGUCCCACAGGAUGCCCUCCACGCUGGACACAGUGAUGGUUUCUGACCACCCUGGUGAAAUGUCCAUAUUGAAAGCGGAGUGUGCGCCUCCAGAAGAUGAAAGGAAAAGACGAAGAAGAGAAAGAAACAAGAUUGCCGCAGCCAAGUGUCGAAACAAAAAGAAGGAAAAAACUGAUUGUCUCCAGAAAGAAUCAGAAAAGCUGGAAACCAUCAAUGCGGAACUGAAAGCUCAGAUUGAGGAGCUGAAGAACGAGAAGCAGCACUUGAUCUACAUGCUCAACCUCCACCGGCCCACAUGCAUCGUCCGGGCUCAGAACGGUCGGACGCCGGAGGACGAGAGAAACCUCUUCAUCCAACAGAUCAAGGAAGGAACUUUGCAAGGCUGAGCAGCAAUGGCCAGUAAAACCGAGGUGCCCUUAGGGCAGGCCAUUAAACACCAAAGAAAUCCAACACAGCAGCCUAGGCCAGAAGCCAUAGGGAAGCUAUCUUGGUAUUUGUGGCCUCCUGUUAGCCGAGAAAAGGCCAAGGAGGCGACAUGCAGCUAAGAAGAAAAGACUGUGUUAGCUUUGCUGUAGUUCUGCUUCUUGAAAGACUCAACAGGGGGGAAGAGAGCCACUGCCUUCGCUUCAGGUUUAAGUAUCUGCCAUAGUUGCUAUUACUAGAAGUCAUACUCACAACAACUACAGACUUGUUGAGCUCUUCCUGGCAUGUGGUACUUGCACUUGAGUUAUUUCUGGUAGGAGACCAGGAUUCCCAAGUGAGGCACGCAUUGAGUAGACAACCAGGGCGAAUGGGCCCCACUCCGGUCGAAGUAUAGGAAGUGUAGACACAGUGGGUUGUUUGCAUUUGCUCACUCCACUUUCGGAAAAAAAGUAGUUUGCAAUUUCCAGAAUGCUGCUUUCAGUUCCGAGAGGCAUUGAAAAUAUGUGUAGUGAAGAAAUGAUAAUGUUUCUGCAACCUAGUGCAAUGUUUUGAGCUGACUCUUGCACUCUUAUUUUUUGUUGCCAAUUUUUACAGAAGCCCUUCCGUGGGUUUUUUGGAUGACUCACGGUAGAGGCAAAUUUGGGGAUAACGUAAGUUUUUUGCAGAAGUUCUCAUUGAGUGGUGUAUACUAAGUUUGAACAUUACCCCCUUCCUUCUGCCUCCUUUUCAGAAAUAGGGGGAAUUCCCCUUUGAGAACGCAAUUUGUGAGUCAUGCAUCACAGUAUCCAAAAGAAGCUUUACAGUAUAACAUAAACAUGAUGAUAAAUAUAGACUUGAAUAUUCUCUUUGAUGUAUAGUUUGGCAUAUAUUAGACCCGUCACUUGCAAAUCUUUUUUUUUCUUGGCACCUCCUUUUUUCCAAGCAAGAAACUGUGAUGGCUAUACACUUCCCUAUUACUAAUCAGCAUGUGUGUAUUGGCAUAUAUACUUAUGGUAUGCCAUAUUACUCAGACACUAACUUUAUGACUAUGCUAGGAAAAAUGAAGACGAAGUAGCCAAACUGUCAGAUCUAAGACCACAGUUGGAAGGAAUAUCUUCUUAUAUCAUUGUGCAGGCAGUCGUUGUAGUGUAGUCAAGGAAGGGCCUUUCCAGACAGGCCCUGUAUUCCAGGAUCAGAUCCCAGGUGUUCUGGGGAGAUGUUGACAAGCUAGAAUAUGUCCAGAGGAGGGCGACUCAAAUGAUCAAAGGUCUGAAGAACAAGCCCUAUGAGGAGCGACUUAAAGACCAGGGCAUGUUUAGCCUGCAGAAGAGAAGGCUGAGAGAAGACAUGAUAUCCAUGUAUAAAUAUGUGAGAGGAAAUCAUAGGGGAGAGGGAGCAAGCUUGUUUUCUGUUUUCCUGGAGACUAGGAUGAGGAAUAAUGGUUUCAAACUACAGGAAAGGAGAUUCCACCUGAACAUGAGGAAGAACUUCCUGACUAUGAGAGCUGUUCAGCAGUGGAACUCUCUGCCCCAGAGUGUGAUGGAGGCUCCUUCUUUGGAGGCUUUUAAACAGAGGCUAAAUGGCCAUCUGUUGGGGGUGCUUUAAAUGCGAUUUUCUGGCUUCUUGGUAGGGGGUUGGACUGGUUGGCCCAUGAGGUCUCUUCCAACUCAAUAAUUCUGUGAUGCUAUGUUAUUAUUAUGUUGUUAUCUGGCAGAUUAUCUGGCAGCACAGAUUCAUAUAAUCCAGUUUAAAGCAGAAAACCUGGAAUUAGAUCCUGGGAUAUAAGGCCUGUCUGGAAGGGCCCAAAGUGUUAAGGUAUGACUGGGAAAACCUACAAGUUUGGUAUCCUUUACAUACUAAUUGAUUGAUUCCAAAAAUGCAGAUCAGGGCUUUACUUUUUUAAAUGGAUGGAGAAAUUCAAGAUAUUACAGCCAUUCUUACUCAGCAGGGCUAUCUGGUGCUUCCUACGAAGACAUUAAUAUUAGUGUUCCACAUGUAUUUCUAAACAAAGGACAAAAAUUAAAAAGAGCAAAAGACAUUGAACAGAAACAAGUUCCUUGCUAUGGUGGAUCCAGUAUUAUAUCCAUAAAGGGCAAUGCUUCAGUCUGGAUGUCUACUGAUUGAAAAGAACCA